CUUUGUCUGCUGGGAGAUGUUUGUCUGUUUUGCUUCCGUUACACAUCCGCAGAACAACUUUUGUAGGUACAUGAAGCCGAAUUAUUCAUAUUUAUCGAGGAUACGUCAAUAAAGGACUUAAUCGCAAUAGUUUAGGUGUAGUUUUGGGUAGUUAGCUAACUAAUGUUUAAUCAUCGAAGCCCGACUGGCAGCCCCGACUUAAAAGAUAGUUUACGCUUAGGUUAGAUAACAAGCUAGCUGCUAGCUAUUGAUUUUUAAAUAACCUACCGUUAGCCGACAAAAACACACCUGUGUAACUAGAAGUCUGCUUAAAGUAAGUUGGUUGCCAUUCAACAUUCAACAUGGACGUCAGUUUGUCAGUGUCACUGCUGCGAGAUCAGAUGGGAAGUGUUAUCGAACAAGCAGUGACCGCAGCGGUGGAAACGGUGUUGGGGGAGAUGGUGAAAGUAGUGGGCUGCAAACUCGAGGAGUACAGCAAAGAAAUGACUGCGAAGGAGAAGGAGAACGAGAAUAUCAAACAAAUGCUGGAAAUAUCACAGUGCCAGAUGAAGACAAUGCGAAAGUACUUGAGCGCAGUGAUUGCCAAAGAUGAUCGACAGGUCCUCAUAAAUCAAAGGAAUGCGCAAAAAGAGAAUGAAUUGAAUAGGACUCACCGUCUUCCUGCCGGACAGACACCGCAUUUCCGUGGUAUGAAGCGCACUUUUAUAGUGAGUGAGAAAGCUAAAAAGCCUUUGACACAGAGUCCAAGCGCCUAUCCGUCGGAAGUUUUGGUCCAAGCCGCGUCAUCCUGUGACAGAUCGGUUCCAACUUCGCCGGGUCCCCACGACCUUGUCCAGGAGUCGGCCACAAGGCCGGAGAGAGAAGACUCGUUUGAUAACUCGGUUCCCUGCGUCUCAAAAGAAGCGUCUGAGCUCUCACAUAUGAAAGCAGAGUGCAGGGUCUGCCCUGAGGUGGAGAGUGGGGUUGAGGGGAAGGACGAUGCCUCGGAGGCCGUUUGGGCUGUUGGAGAACAGUCCACUUCACAGGAGGAGCACGCAGAGAUUCUCAGUCCCGACCCCCAGUCUCCCGUCCAGGCGGUCGCCGGCGCGCCCGCCGACGGGAGCGGCUCCGAGGUUUGGGAUGCGCCCGUGCGGGCGAAAGAGGAGGAGGCGGAGAUCGAAAUCAUCUGCAUCAAGGAGGAGCCCGAGGAUCUGGAGGCGUACCCGCUCAACCCCCCGUGUCCCGACCUGGGCGUCGAGCAGGGGAACCUUCCGGAAAGAAGCCGGCCCCUGGAAGUCGAACACGCGGAUGAACUGACGGAGGCGUCCCUCGCUGCUGUCGCAUCGUUCAUGUACCCGGGCGACGCGCACCGGCAGCAGACGGCGGCCCAGCGGCAGGCCCGGUGGCGGCACCACCACCGCGCGCGGGAGCAGAGCCCGUUCGAGGACCACCGGCACCGCAAGGCCGAGCUGAAGCGCCGCAGCCAGCACCGGCGGCGGGAGCGCGAGAAGAGCCUGCCGCAGCCGCUGCUCGCCGCGCUGGAGCGCGAGCGCCGCGAGAAGAACCGCAUCCGCGUGGCGCGCUGGCGGGCCAAGCGCAAGCUGCAGGCCGGCCUGGCCACGCCCCCGCAGCAGCAGCCGCAUCCGCAGCAGCCCGCGCCGCCGUUCGGCUACCCCCCCGCGCACGCCGACAAACUCCACCGCCACCCGUCGUUCGGCGCGGCGGCGCCGCAGCCCGCCGCCCUCCUGUUCGGUGGCCCGCAGUGCGAGGCCGGCGCCCUCUUCCCCUCCCUGCAGUUCGGCUCCGGCCCGCUCCUGCCGGGGGGGCUCAGGCACGACACAUAGCUGUCGAGGCUUACCCGUUGUUAUGACAUCGUCCUCCCAGCAGGGCAUUCUGGGAGCAGGGCUCCAACCAAUAAUGUGGCUUUGAGGUGCUGAGGAUUCCAGGUUUCUACUAGCAAGCAGGAUUUGUUUUCAUUCUUUUUUUUUUUUUUCGGCUUAACUGGUUCUUGAGAAAUGCAACAGGAAAUUGUACAGUGUAGGGACACAUUAACAUGAUACCGCUGAAAUAUCCCACUAUGCAUCUGGUUGAAGUGAAAUCUAUAGUUGCUACAGAAAAACUACGGAAGAGGAGGAGCAAUACAGAGAAGACCUGUUUAUGUACAUUGCCAUAUUUAAAUGUUUUUGAUAAUUUAUUACUUAUCAGCUUCUAUAUGUAUUUUUUUCAUAAUCAUUGAUCAUUGACUGUCUUUGAAUAUGGAAAAAGGUGUUAGUUCUUAAACACUACCCGGCUUCAUAUCUGUAGAAACGUGGGGACUUUUAGAUAUGAUAAACUCGUAACUGUCGCGUGUCACUGUUACGUAGCUAAUAGAUGGAUGCAGAGAUGUUAAAUACUUGAGUGAACUGGUGUGUGUGUGUGUGUUUGUUUCCCAGCUGUGUGAUGAUCAUCGGUGAAAGACCUCAGACUAUAAUGUUGUUGGGAUUAAAUUUGAUGAUUUUAUAUGUAAGAGCCAACAUUUACAAAGUAUUCAGAAUUUUUGAAUAUCUCGUAGUACACCUCUCCGUACACAACAAGUGUAUGGUCACAGUAUGUUUUAAACUUAUCCUUGUUAGGUCAAAAUAUAAUGUGUAUUUUCAUUUUAGUUACCUAACGAGCGGACGGAUUAAUGCAGUCAUGUUUUCAUUAGAUUUUGUCUGAUUUAGUUCUGACGCAGUCCACGGCUUUUGAGGAUGCGUCUAAUAAUAAAAAAAUGUGAACCGGUUGAGAGGUCGGCCUGUUGGACAAGGCCCCAUGGUGUCUCCAAAGGUUCAUUAUUUCUUAUCAAUGGAAUGUCAUGGUAUUGACAACUCUCACCUCAUGAUUUACAACUGGUAUAAUGUCCGAUAAUAUUUCAAAUAUAUUUUUUCUGUUAUUCUAUGACUUAAGUGAUAAAAUGCAGCUACCGUUAAGUAAAUAUGACUCGCUGCAUAGAGACACAGAGUAUUGCAGAAUAUGUAUGGGUGGUGAAAUAAAUGAAAAAUGAAUGUACA